AUGGCGACACAGUCGGGAUGCUACGAAUCCGUUACGGAUUUUUACUCUGACGCCGACAUUUUCAUCACCGGCGGCACCGGCUUUCUAGGCAAGGUGUUGAUUGAGAAGCUGCUUCGUUCCUGUCCAAACGUUGCGCGCAUUUUCAUCCUGAUGCGCAACAAGCGCGGCAAAUCGGUAGAAGCCCGCAUCGCCGAUCUUGUCAGUUGUCCCUUGUUCGAUCAAUUGAAGGAAGACAACAAAACCGUGCUAGACAAGUUGGUUCCGGUCAACGGUGACAUCACAUUGCCACGCCUGGGUAUGUGCGGCAUGGACAUCCAGAGGCUUAGCAAUGUGACGAUAGCGUUCCAUUUGGCUGCCAGUGUCAGAUUCGAUGAUCCACUUAGGGAUGCCAUUAAAACGAAUAUCUGCUCCACGCAGGAGCUGUUCGACAUUCUGAAAACGACGGCCCCCAAGUUGCGGGCCGUGGUGCACGUUUCCACGGCAUACAGCAACCCGGAGAAUCACUAUGUUGAGGAAAAGCUUUACCCGCCAAAAUACGACUGGAAGACACUCGUCCAAGCCGUCAACCGUUACGAUCCGGAAACUCUGGAUGCUCUCAUGCAAAAACUUUCGCAAAACUCACCAAACACUUACACGUACACGAAAGGCCUGGCGGAGCAGGUGUGCAACGAGUACAGCAAUGAUCUUCCGUUGGCCAUCGUGCGCCCAUCGGUAGUACUGUUCACGAUUCAAGAACCAAUGACAGGAUGGGUGGAAAACUUCAACGGACCGACGGGAAUGCUUGUCAGUGCGGGACUAGGCAUCACGAGGACGGCAUACUUACGGCCGAGAAACCGCAUCAACAUCAUUCCGGUGGAUGUUGUCGUAAAGACCAUCAUUCUGGCAGCCUGGAAACGUGGAACUAUCGAACGCACGGUUGCUCCUAACCAUCUCCCUAUCUACAACAGUGCCGUGACGUACGAGCAGUCGCUGCAGUAUCAGGAAAUGUUGGACCGUGGAAGAGAGUAUCUAUUUGCCGUACCUUUCAGCCGUAUGCUGUGGGUUCCGCGAGGAUUCCCCACGAAUUGGAAACCUUUGUACUAUGUCAAGCUCAUUUUAACCAUGCUUCUUCCAUCGUUUAUACUUGACCUGUUAAUUCGGAUGCUAGGCCACAAACCAUUUUUAAUGAGAUUACAGUGCAGAAUCUACGGAUCGGAGGUAUCGCUGCGUUACUUCAUCAGGAAUGAGUGGGAGUUUGAUACGCGACAAACAGACAACUUACUAAAGUUACUAGACGAGAAAGAUCGCAACACCUUCGGAUGGUAUAUGCCAAGAAAGCUAACUGGCAAAUAUUUGGAGAACGCGUACAUCACCAUCAGACGCUAUUUGAUGAAGGAUCCCGACGACACGAUCCCCUAUGCCAAACGGAAGCUAGCACGCAUGAUACUCGCCGAUCGUAUCAUUCAGAUCAUUGCUUGCUGCCUUAUGCUGGUGGGUAUCUGUAGGUCACUGUUUGCUGGAAGUUUCUAGUGCUGCAAUAAACAUUACGAGAUAUUCCGGGUUUCGUU